AGAGCACGAUCACCAGUACUCGCUCCCAGAGCCCAUGUCUUCUCAACGUCUGGAUCACAGAACUACCUACCAAUUACCUUCGAUCGCACAGAUCAGGUGGCUCCUCCAGGGGCCAAAACUCGACUUACAGCAAGCUUUUGGGAGGACGAAGGCUCCCUUUGUUUUCAAGUUGAAGCUAGAGGGGUUUGCGUGGCUCGCCGUGAAGACAACCACAUGAUCAACGGUACCAAACUGUUGAG